AUGACAUUGAAGAGAUGUAGAGAAGAAUUAUUAGCAGUUUCAGUGGAGAAACUAGCAAUGGCGAAUUGUGCGGAUAUCAUGAAGAAGAAUGAAUCAUUAGGAAGACAUAAACUCUUCGAGUGCAAGACAUGCAAGAAAAAAUUUGAUUCGUUUCAAGCACUUGGCGGGCACAGAACAAGUCACAAGAAUACAACAAAUAAGCUCAUGAUGGCGAGUACUAAUCUCACCGAUGAUUUAUUACCUGUUAAGCCCAAAAAACACAAAUGUUCCUUUUGUGGCGAAGAGUUCGCUUUGGGCCAAGCUUUGGGUGGACACAUGAGAAAACAUCGCAAUGAGUUGAAUCAACUUGAGCAAAAGAACAAGAAAUCGAAGGAGAAUCCAAAGAGAGGUGAAUUUGCAGAAUUUGUUCACAAGAAAAAUGAUUUGGGUGACGAUGGAGAAACUUUGGUCUUGGAUUUGAAUUUGACGCCGUAUGAAAAUGAGUUAAUGACUGGGAUAAUUCCUGUUUAG